UUUAUUCUCGAAUCUGGUUGCCAGUACAGCGUGGCCACUAUUCAUCUGAUGGUCUGAUCAUGUUACGAUUGAUGUUAUUGUUAGCGUUGAUACAAAUCUCGGUCCGAUGUCACGAAAAUGAUCGCAUAAUGAUCAACAAUAGUGAUGAACAGAACAUUCUAGACAAUGUAUUUGAUUGGGUGUUUGGUGAACCGGACAAUGACCAUGAAUUGGAGCAUCAUUUCGGAUAUUUACGCGGUGCCGGAGAUAAUAAUGAUGAUCUAUCGCAAUUAGCACGUACGCUUGGAAUUAAACCGGAAUUUUUCAAUUUUAAAGCUCAUGAUUAUGACAACAAUGAUCGGAUCGAUGGACUCGAACUAUUAGCUAUGUUUCUUCAUGAACGAAAUACAGGCAAUGAAUCAAGCAAAAAUGGCGAACAAACGAUAAAUUUGUGUGCAAAAGCGAUUGAUCGUCUUCUUGAACAAGAAGAUCGUAAUCGCGAUGGCUAUCUAGAUUUUAGCGAAUAUGCACAAGCUCGACAACGGAUUGCACAGAUUCAAGCCAAUGGAUAAAUCGACUGCUGGAUUGAAUAAUGAUG